AUGGAGUCCGUCCUGACCCGUUUCAAUCUCACGCUCGACAAUAUGACAACGCUCAGCUCCAACAUACGGCAGGGGCUCAUCGAGCAGUACAGCAACAACCGGAAGGUGGCCGACCCGUGGUAUCACAUCCUGAUCGUCAUGUACGGCACUCUGAUCGUGUUCGGCGCGACGGGAAACAGCCUGGUGGUGCUGGCCGUUGCCCGCAAGCCUCAGAUGCGGACGGCGCGUAACAUGUUCAUCGUGAAUCUAGCCGUUUCCGAUCUGCUGCUUUGUCUGGUGACUAUGCCGCUCACGCUGGUAGAGAUUCUCACCAAGUACUGGCCAAUGGGCCGGUUACCGUUUCUGUGCAAAUCGAUCGGCACGCUUCAAGCCACGAGCAUCUUCGUGUCGACCAUUUCCAUCACGGCCAUCGCGUUGGACAGGUAUCAGGUGAUCGUGUAUCCGACGCGUGACAGCCUGCAGUUGAUGGGUGCCAUCGCUAUCCUGACCGGUAUCUGGUGCAUUUCGGUCGUGCUGGCGUCACCGAUGUUCAUCACGCGCCAGCUCAUCCACUACGAUGUCAACCUGCCCAGUCUAGGCAUCGAGUACGUGUCGUACUGCAUCGAGGAUUGGCCAAUUGCGUACGGACGUGUCUACUACUCCGCGUUCACGCUCUGCGUCCAGUACGUGCUGCCGAUUCUGAUCGUUUCGGUGGCGUAUCUGCGCAUCUACCUGAAACUGAAGCACCGACUAGUGGUCGGGACAGCGUCCACCGCGAGCGGGAAAGCCACCGGUGCCAGUAAGCCAGUGCGCGAACGUGAACGCGGCCGGAGGAUGCAACGUACCAACUAUUUGCUGAUCAGCAUCGCGCUUAUCUUCGGUGUCUCGUGGCUGCCACUCAACCUGUUCAACUUGUUCGCUGACCUGUACGUGCACUCGAUCACGCAGGACAUUAUGGUGGCGUACGCGAUUUGUCACAUGGUCGGUAUGAGUUCGGCCUGCUCGAACCCGCUGCUGUACGGUUGGCUGAAUGACAAUUUUCGGAAAGAAUUCAACGAACUGCUCUGCCGGGCGCCGUCGCCGGGGCCUACUGGAUCGGGUGGCCACUCGAACGGAAGCAGAGCAAACGGAGCCGCCACUACGGCCGGUCGAACGCGAGGCGUUCGAGCUGGGAUCGAUGGCGCACCUGACGGGCGGACUAUGCCGGAAUUAAUGCAGCAUCCGACGAGUCACUGGGAAAUCCAACCGGAAGCGAAAAUGUGCGACGAAGAACGACAGAAACUAUGCCAACCGAGCGACAUUUCGGACCCGUGUUAGAACGCAAACAAACGUUGAGCUUGCAGCAGCGCCUACGGUUAUGUAAAACGCGUGACACUCGGACCUGACCCGGAACCAAGUUGUCAGCAAAUCAACCCUCCAUUCGAAGCAUUUCCACUGCUCACGCCAAUUGACGCCAAGUUGGGGAGAUUUUUACGCGACCGUCCUUUUCCACCAGAGGUGGAGCAAUUUGAGCCCAAACGAUGAGUUUUGAUGCCGAUCGAUGUACCACACGUCCACGCAGUGCUGCCACGUGAAAGGCCACCAUUCGCUACGUUCGAAGUAGUAUCGAUGCCAGCGAAACUCAUCGCUCCACCUUUGCAUUUCCCGAAUCGGAUGGGAUGGUAAAAAUGCUUCUGUUCCAACUUGCCACGCUUUGGUCGUAGCUGAACUGCAAUAGAAAAAUAAAGCGAACAAAACCACAAACUGCAUCGCGGUACAGCUUUCGUGAACAGUGGUGUCGCCACGUUAGCCUAGGAUGCGGCUGCCAUGUACAUAUAGCAAACCAGCAGUCGAACGUGAUAUCGUGAGAGGAGUAGCAGCUAGUUCACGUGAAUUGGCUGCCGUCUCGUAUGUAGCUAUGCUGUUCCACGAAUUCGGAUCCUAGUGAUCGAUUAGGUUAGGACUAGGAAUAUUUUUUUGUACAGUGUGUGUUUGCUGUUAAUGCAAGUGUCGGAGGUAUAGCGCAUCAGAAGAAAUAUUUUUUAACACAUAGCCUGCAUUUUAAAUUCUGUUAUCGGGUGGGACCGCCAGCUUUAAGCGCUGGCCAACGUAGCAAAUAUA